AAUAUCAUGAUUUUUGUGAGGAUCGACGAUGGAUUGUAGAGAUGUGUAGAUGCAGAAUGGGUCGAAGUCGACUCCACAAUAUCGCCGGUCAGGAUCAAUCGGAUCCAUCGGAUCCAUCGAAGGGGAUCGAUCCACUUGGGGCUGCGAGGGAGUCGUGAUAUCAUCAGUCAUGCAUGCAUGCAUGCAUGCUGACAGAAUCCCUUCCAACGGGUUAGUGUCGCGCUCAGUCCAUGGCAGAUCAGAUGCCUCUUAACCCCGUCCCGAUCUCCAGUAAAUCCCUCUAAAGCCCGCUAAGUCCGGCUUAACCCUAUAAAACUUCCCUUUCCUCGUCCUCUUCAUCCCUCGCUAUCCUCUCCAGCAAUUCUCCCAGACACCCAAAGCCAGCCAUGUCUUCCCAACUACAUUUCCUCUACAACCAAGUCUUCGUGACCCCCCAACUCCCCCCCACCUCCUUCGCCCACCAGACUGUGAUCAUCACCGGGUCCAACACCGGUCUGGGCCUCGAAGCCGCGCGCCACAUCGUCUCACAAGGCGCCGGGAAAGUCAUCCUCGCCGUCCGCAACAUCACCGCCGGCGAAGCCGCCCGAGAGUCGAUCGAAUCCACGACGCAACGGACGGGCGUCGUGGAAGUCUGGCCGCUGGACCUGAGCUCCUACGCAUCCGUGCUCGCCUUCGCCGACAAAGCCACCCAGACCCUCGCGCGCCUCGACGUCCUGCUCGAAAAUGCCGGCAUCGCGACCGAGAAAUACGCGCAGAGUGAGGGCCACGAACGCACCGUCACCGUGAACGUCAUCAGCACUUUCCUGCUCGCCGUCCUGCUCCUCCCAAAACUCCGCGCCACGGCGAGCGAGCACCCCGAGGGGCCCGCCCCGAGACUGAACAUCGUGGCCAGCGAGGUGCAUGCGUGGGCGAAGUUCCCGGAGCGGAAGGCCGCGCAGAUCUUCGAGGCGUUGGAUGAUGAGGCCGCUGGGACCAUGGGAGAGCGGUAUCAAACGUCGAAGUUGUUGGAUGUGUUGCUGACGCGGGAGCUGGCCGACAAGCAGCCGGAUCAGAGUGUGGUGAUCAACUACCUGAAUCCCGGGUUCUGUCGCACGCUGCUGGGGAGGGAUUCGGACUCGUGCGCGUUUGCAGCCAUGCAGAGGGUGCUGGGACGCACCAGCGAGGUGGGCAGUCGCACGCUGGUCGCCGCGGCGGCGGCCGGGUGGGAGAGCCAUGGCGAGUACAUGUCCAACGGGGUGGUGGCGCCACAUGCGCUGUCUCCGCUGGUGACGAGUGCCGAGGGCAAGGAGCUGCAGGGCAGGCUUUGGGGGGAGUUGGAGGCCAUCUUGGAGGUCAUUCGACCGGGGGUGAUGAAGGGGUUGAGAGGGUAGAUGCGACCCUUCGGGAUGGGCUUGGGGUAGGUAUGCUGGACAUCGCCACUCAAAUUCUAUCGCAUAGGUUUCUUUGUUAAUACAUACUGUGAUUCAUACAGCUUGUUCACUGGUUGUGGUACAGUAGGCGCUAACAAGAAAUGCUCUACUGGUGGAUCACGGGCUCGCGCAAGUCCCAUCCGUCAGAGCGUGUCGUAAUAUAAGAG